AUGCCACUGAUGAGGACUAUCUAUGUGAGAUUAUAUAGUGAUUGUUGCUACAAGCUACUCCAUAGUGAUGCACAUGAAGUAAUCAUUAAGCUGCUGUUUCCUUGGAUUAUCAGAGAUAAAGAAAAGUGCGUCAAGCGAAUAUAUUUUAUCAAGAUUAAACAAAAAGCCAAAGUAUAG